UUCUCUCUCAAUAGAGUAACUGCUCCAGGUCACCUGAAGGGCCUGCUCUUGAGAGCGGCCAUUUUAGCACAGACCACUUUCCUCUCAGAUUACUGUCGUAUUAGGCUCACUGGUCCGGCCUCCAGCAACAAGACAAGAAAUACUAAGGAACACUUUAACUCGCUACAGUGAGCUCAAUGGAUGACUAGGCUGCCAAGACUUCCCACAUCCUUCUCUGAAUGUAAAAGGACCGAAGCAUGACAUCUGUAGAUGCUCCCUAUUCUUCCAGGGGCAGCUCAGAGGAUAGAGGGAAAAAAAGACCUCUCCUUGAUCCGUUUGAAGAUUUGGAUGAAGGUCUUCCCACUCAAAGAUCAACAAAGAUCAACGAAGGAACAAAGUACCCACACACGGCAUUUCCAGCACACAUCUCACCAAGGAUCCCAGACCAAGAGGACACUACUAGCACCAGUGAGGACUCCCCAUUUCCCAGCAGCCCAGUGGUCAACCAAUUAGAGGACCAGGAGGACGAAGAGACCCAGGACAAGAAGAAGAGAAAGUUCCUCCCACAGUCAUGGCGGGGGCUCUUCAAGAAAUGGAGAAAGGGUGAUGUUGCCGCUCAGCAAGUGGCACGAGAGAUAAUCAUCCUGCCCAAUGGAACCCGGGUCAGCCCACCAGUGACUCCCCUGCUAAACCAGAGAUUCUGGGACUCUCAGGGCUCCAUAAGGUCCCAGAAACCCCUGUUCACCGAUAGUCCCCCCAGCUAUUCUCAGGCAGAACAACUGUUUCUGGACCCCCUGGAUGGGUCAGAAUUGACGAGCAUCCAUCCGGCCCAGUAUUAUGCAGAAAAGCUGGAGGUCUACCAGCUAAAAUACUCCUACAUGAAGUCUUGGCCAGGUCUGCUGAGACUUCUGGGUGGAAUUCAGCUUCUGUUUGGGGGGAUGGUGUUCGCAUGUGUCUGCGCCUACAUCCAGAAGGACAGUGAAUGGUAUAACUUGUAUGGAUUUCAGGGUCCCAGUUAUGGAUAUGGGACAUCAGGGUACUACUAUAAGGGACCCAUGACCCCGUUUGUGUUAGUAGUGGGCGGUCUGGCUUGGAUAGUGACUAUCAUCCUUCUGGUUCUGGGGUUAACCAUGUACUACCGCACCAUUCUCCUGGAUUCCCACUGGUGGCCCCUCACAGAGGCCAUCAUUAAUUUGGUCGUUUUCCUGCUCUACAUGGCGGGGGGGAUUGUCUACGUUAAUGACCUCAACCGUGGAGGGCUGUGCUACAUGACCGUCGGCUUUAACCCUUUAAUGUCUAGCCUCUGUAGGGUGGAAGGAGGACAGAUCGCUGGCACGGCCUUCAUAUUUUUCAACAUGCUCCUGUAUCUGGGCAGCUUCUUGGUGUGCUUGAAGAUGUGGCGACAUGAGACCGCACGCCUGGCGAGAGCGACACAGGAGAUGGAACUGCCUACAACUAACUACACAGACCAGUCCAAAUCCAAGAGAAUCCAGUUUGAGGAUGAGAGGGAUCAAUCUGAGAGGACAAGUCGGGGGAUCCGUUUUUCGGAAGACCCUGCCACUCUGAACAGAGCUAUUCCUACUGGUUAUGUUCCAAGGCCUCGAGUCAUUGCAGACUACAUCAUGAAGUACCCUGAGAUCCACUCACUGGAGGACAGGGAACAAUAUAAAGCUGUCUUCAAUGACCAGUAUCAGGAGUAUAAAGAGCUGCACAGUGACAUCACUGCCACCAUGAAGAAAUUCAGCGAGCUGGACGCCAUGAUGGGAAAACUACUCAGUGACAUCAUCAGCCACGAGGAGCAACAGAGGAUUUACCAAAUAGUGAAGAAGUACAAGCAGAAAAAGAAUGAUCCUGCAUUUUUGGAGAAAAUGGAACGAUAUGAAUACCUGAAAGCCAAACUGAAGCACAUCAAGAAGAGGAUCCAAGAAUUUGACCAACAGUUUGAAGAGAAAGCUGGAUUAAGGAGGGGACCAACGCUUGGUCAAGAGAUCUGUCUCCAUUAUCCUUCAGCCAUGUUUGAGAAACAGCGCUAUGACAGCCCCCCUAUGUACAGCCCCCCUUACAGCCCCCCCUCCAAUGGCUUUGGGCCUCCUGGGAGCUUCCACCCCCCAAGGAGUGAGUUUGAUCCUUACCCACCCCCUCCUGGCUCAUACUAUAUGGAAGGGAAGCCCCAGAACUUCUACAAGUGGAUCUCCCCUCCUGGCAUUGUGAAGGCUAUGGAGGGCCUCAUUGUGGUGCUGUGCAUUGGGAUCUUUGCCUGUGUGGCCUCCACGCUGGUCUGGGACAUGCAGUACGGUUACGGAUUGGGUGGAAUGGGGGGCUACGGAAUGAGCGGAGUAGGAGGCUAUGGCUACGGCAGUAGCAUGGGGGUUGGCACUGGCUACUACGGAGGAGGAGGCUAUGGAGGGGGCUACGGAGGGGGCUACUACAACUCGUACCCGACACCUUACUCUGCAAAGACCAGCAUGAUUGCCCUGGCAGCCAUCAACUUCCUGGCCGCCUUGGGGUUCUUCGUGGCCAGCUUCUCCAAGACCAACACCGUGCGCAGCCGCAAGUUCUACCUGGUUGUGCUGGUGGUCAGUGUGAUCCUGGCAUUCCUCCAGGGAAUCAUCAACAUUGUGUACAUCGUUGGGGUCAACCCCAUGGCUCAAAGCUCACAGAGCAUGCUCUACAACCCCAUGCUGAUGAUGUGUCAGAACCUGUACAACAGUGGAUCUAUGGGAGGAGGCUUCCCCAUGUAUAACCAGUACCUCUACCACUACUGCUACGUGGACCCACAGGAGGCUGUGGCUAUGGUGUGCGGCUUCCUGGUGGUCAUUGCCCUCAUUGUGGCUGCUUACUUUUCCUUCAAAACACGCAGCAAGAUCUGGCGCUACGGAAAAACCAACAUCUACUGGGACCCGCCACUAACAGGGGCCCCGGAGGGCAGGGAUGUGGAGGACUGGGUCAACAAUGUGGACGAUGAGCACAGCGUUCAGGAUGCACCGACUGUGGUGCUGUCGGAGAAAGUCGCCUCCCCUCUCAACAUGGCGAACAGCAUCACUUCCUACCCUGUGAAGAGUGACAGCGUCUUCAGUGGAGAGACGUACAACGGCAACGUCUACUCUGAGCAGUCCGUCAGCCGGCCCUCUGAUCAGCCGUCCCGCGGCGGGGGGGCCAGCUCCAGCCCCUCAGAGGAGGCGGGGGGGGUGCGUCGGCCUGCAGCGUGGAGGGGGAAGAGGCGCCGGCGGAACCCCGAGCUGGACGAGUCGCAGUACGAGACGGAGUACACCACGGGCGCGGAUACGGGCCCCGAGCUGGACGAGGACCAGUGGAACAGCAUAUACCCAGAAAUCACCUCAGAUGGACAACGUCAGGAGUACAAGAGAGAGUUUGACUCGGACCUGAAAGCCUACAAGCGCCUGUGUGCAGAAAUGGACGACAUCCACGACCAGAUGAACAAACUGAGCCGGGAGCUGGACACCCUGGAUGAGGGUACAGCCAAGUACCAGGCUGUGGCAGAAGAAUAUAAUCGGCUGAAGGACUUGAAGAGGACUCCGGACUAUCAGACCAAGAAGCUCCACUGCAAAGAGCUCAGACAUAAACUCUUCCACAUCAAGGGCAUGGUGAAGAACUACGACAAGGGCCACUCUUAGAGCCGACGGCCUUCCCCCCCCCCUUGCCCCUCUACAGACAGUACAGACAGUUCUCCUGAAUCCUAGCUCUCUGUGACCCACCCGGACUGAACAGGACACUCCGAUCGAAACUGUGUGGACCAGAGCCCCACCCACUCAGACCUCCACACAUAUGGACCGAAGCUAGGGAUUCAGGGGUAGGGAUGGACCCCUAUGAAACCGGACAGACUUCCUUAGCACCUCCUCUCACUGCGUCUCGCUUAUGGCUUCCUUCAGGUAUUAUUUUGAUCUUGGUGCUGCUCGGCAACAACUUUUACUGACAGGGCGGCUGCUUAGAUUUUGGAGUUCAGGGCAGAAGCUUCUGGAAGGGAUCUCAAGGGGUUCUAUGCAUUUUCAGGCAGGUAUGCGGUAGCUUAAUGUCGCGUUGCACGUGGAACAGUUGGGAGUGGAUGGGUGGAAAUGAGCUUAAUGGAAAGUUGUUUGCACACAUAAGUGUGUCUUGGGCUUUGUUCCUUAUCGCAGAUAUGAAAAACUGAGCUGAACUUUUUUUUAUUUCUUGCCUUAGAUAAGGCGCCAACAGUAAGAAAAUUGAACGUCAUUGAUUUUUGCCAACUGUACAGACAAACUCUUAUUUUCUAUUCUGCUUCUUCUUCUUCAUUUAACCAAAGGAAACAAAUGGUUUUAUUUUCACCUUACAAAAACAAAGUUCUAUGCAGUUGACUUUUAUAAUAAAAAAAAAUGUAGGGUACCAAUAUCAUUUAUUUGCUUAAAUUUCACUGUCACAAGUUAGAUUUACCAUUUCAGUUAAAAUAAGGGAUUUAAGCAACAUUUUGCUGUGAUACAGGAUUUAAAAUUAGAAAACUUAAAAAAUAUAUUUUUAUUCCAUACUGAGGUGUUGUUCGAACAUAAAGACAUGAGUACAUGUUGCUAGCCAUUUGUUCCAGUGAGGCUAGCCACUUGGCGAAUAGUUCUGAUGCACUGAUGCCAUGCAGAUCUGUAAGUGCUAUAUUCUGAAAGGUGAGAUUAUUUUGGUUGAGGAAUUAGAAGGAUCCCAUGUCUUUUUGUGUCACCAGUACAUUAUCUAUCUACUGUUAUGGGUUUCAUUUUUCUGCGUUUUCAUGCAUAUUGACAUUUUUCAGGCAUUUUUAAAAAAACUAUAAGUACUGUUGUAAAACCGUCUUAUUUUCAGGACCCUGUUUAAAUGUAGUUAGAAAAGUAACAGAAAUCUGUAUAGUUUUAUGGCAUUUUUUAACCUUUAUCUAUAUUUGUAUUUUUAUGUCACAGUAGAUCAGUGCUUCCCAAACUAGGUUAUGGGGACUCACUGUGUAUGCAGACUUCAUUUAAAGCAUUAUGGCCACCACUGAAUUGUAAUUGCUAAUGCUGAUUAUUGCUCUUAAUUAGACACAUAUAAUGUCUCUUGAUGGAUGAUUUACUGUCUUUAGGAUUAUGUGAAAUAUAGCUAUGCAUACCACAAGGAAUUAAUGUUCCAUAUUCAAAUCCCAUGACAUGUAAUCAGAUCAACAAAUGCUUUCAUUUUUAGUGUGCCAUAUGAGAGAUGAUUAGUGUUACAUUUUAUUAAUUAAUUCAGUUACAGUAUGACAGGUAAAAUCAGUGAGGUCCUAACUGCUGGAAGUGUCCACACCUGGUGACUGAAAACAACCAUUAGUGGAAAACAAAGAGCUCAAAUACAAGGUAAAUGGCAACAAGCCAAACCUAUAUUGUGUUAAAUUUAGUUUAAAGAAAUAAUUAUAGUGGAACUUAAUAAACACUUGUUUUCAGCCAGGUUAAUUGGUCAAGAAAUUGGCCGGAACAAAAACCAGCAUACGGAGUGGAAUGUCCGGGACCGAGUUCGGGAACCACUGUAGUAGAUUAUUCACAUAAUGCCAUGUCUAAUCAUUAAGAUAACCGUUUACCAUAAGGAAGCAAUUUCUCCUCUUUCACUCUGGCAUGUCAAUGUAAGAGUACUGUGAAAAGGGUUUUUGUAUUGGCUAUAUCUAUCAUAUUUUUUUUAUAUAAAAUGAAUCAUGUUUUGUUCCUUUUGAUUCUACAAAAUAUUUAUAUCCAGCACAUUUUAAAGCAGUUUUGAUUAGAAUGAUGCAAUCCAACGUGUUCAGUAUAAUCAAAUAGAAAUAUAUAAAGAUAUAAAGAAUAUGUCUGCGUUCCAGUCCUAAAAUGUUUUUCUCACAAUAUUUUGAACGAAUUGCAUUCUUUCUCACACUCCAGUAAAUAAGGAUGGAUGUGUCUAAAAAACACUGAGUGUUAUUUUCUUUCUAUUUGCCUGUGUGUUGUAUAGUGAGACAUAUCCAUUCAUUGAUGCACUUGUAAACAGCCCAUAAGGCACUGACUGUAAAUAAAAUGUCCAUUCACUCGUUCACUCAAAAAGACACCACUGACCAUGUAAAAUACUUUUUAUUGCUUCUCAUUAGACAUUCUUAUUUGUUGUUUACAAAUCUAAGUGGUCGACCAAUUGACUAGAAUUGCUUCCCCUUGCUAGCUGUGUAUUCCCUUACAAAAUUAAAUCAGUCUUGGUAGACUGUCACUCUCCACUGCCCCCUGUAGGAAAAACCCAAAAAUGGCACCCUUUACCACAGCAGACUGCACAGAAAUGUUUUUCCAUCUUGUUUUGCAGUUUGUUUUAAUUUCCAGAAAUGGUUUUCCUCACUCAGCGGCCAUUAGAGUCUCAGUCUUUGUCAGCUCACUAUUCCAUGCCGUUACCACAAAAAACUUUGGCAUCAAGGGGUUUUUUCUUUCAUUUUUUGUUAAAACAAGGCCACAAUCCAAUAGUAAGCUUUCUUUAUUACAUAGGAGUAGAUGCACCUGGUCACUGUCACACCAAAAGGGGAGAAGUAUAUACAAGUAUAUCUAAGUCCAGAAGUAUAUACAGAAAAUACUCAUUCUGGGUUAAACUAGAGAACAGGAAGUUUUAACAUAUGCAUUUGCCUUGAAUAAAUAGCAAGUGUACUGAAAUUUUUAAAGACCUGUUUAGGAUGUUUUCUGGGAACAUAUUAGGGAAACUGCAAUGAAUCAGUGUCAUUAUCAAGAACACUGAGUUAAAGGUGUUGUGUCAUACAUACUUUCUGCUGAAGGGCUGAUCUGCAUAUUCGUGCGAAAAAACAGCAACAACAAAAAAAUUACAUUCAUAACCAAAAAUAUAUAUAAUUAUAGACAAAAAUUUGCAUCUUCACAUUGCUUUUGGAGAUUGAUAAGCAGGUACUGAUGUAAAGCUGGAGAAAUAACACAUUGAUAAUAAACCCAACGCGUGAAUAAAAUUCA